UUGAACUUUCCAGCGGAGUUGCGGCGGCCGCGAGGUGUCCCCGGCAGUGCGGCCCCGGCGCGGAGCUGGGAGCCUCGGCCAGCGCCCGGCGCCCGCGCCCCCGACCUGCAGCCAUGGUGCCCGGGGCGCCCGGCGCGGCCCUGACCCUCUGCCUCUGGCUGGCGGCCUGCGGGGGCUGCCUGGCGGGCGGCCCCGGCGCCGCGGCCGCUCGGCGGCUGGACGAGUCCCUGUCGGCCGUGAGCGUCCAGCGCGCGCGCUGCUCGUCCAGGUGCCUCAGCUUGCAGAUCACGCGCAUGUCCGCCUUCUUCCAGCACUUCCAGAACAACGGUUCCCUGGUUUGGUGUCAGAAUCACAAGCAGUGUUCUAAGUGUCUGGAGCCGUGCAAGGACACCUGGGACCUACAGAAGGAGCAGUGCCACAGCCUCUGCGAGCCUCUGUUCCCCAAGAAGAACUACGAAUGCCUGACGAGCUGUGAGUUCCUCAAGUACAUCCUAGCGGUGAAGCAGGGGGACUGCCCGGCCCCCGAGAAAGCAAGCGGAUUUGCCGCCGCCUGUGUGGAAAGUUGUGAAGCUGACAACGAGUGCUCUGGGGUUAAGAAAUGUUGUUCCAAUGGGUGCGGACACACCUGCCAGGUGCCCAAGACGCUGUACAAAGGUGUCCCCCUGAAGCCCAGAAAAGAGUUAAGAUUCACAGAACUGCAGUCUGGACAGCUGGAGAUUAAGUGGUCCUCGAAAUUCAAUAUUUCCAUUGAGCCUGUGAUCUACGUGGUGCAAAGAAGAUGGAAUUAUGGAAUCCAUCCUAGUGAAGACGAUGCCACACACUGGCAGACGGUAGCCCAGACCACAGAUGAGCGGGUCCAGCUGACUGACAUACGACCCAGCAGGUGGUACCAGUUCCGGGUGGCAGGUGUCAACGUGCAUGGGACCCGAGGCUUCACCGCCCCCAGCAAACACUUCCGCUCUUCCAAAGAUCCCUCUGCACCCCCAGCGCCUGCCAACCUCCGGCUUGCCAACUCCACCGUAAACAGCGACGGCACCGUGACCGUGGCCAUCGUCUGGGAUCUCCCUGAGGAACCAGACAUCCCCGUGCAUCACUACAAGGUAUUUUGGAGCUGGACAGUCAGCACCAAGUCACUUGUCCCAACAAAAAAGAAGCGGAGAAAGACUACGGAUGGGUCCCAGAAUUCGGUGAUCCUGGACAGACUGCAGCCAGACAGUGGCUACACCGUGGAGCUGCAGGCCAUCGCGUACUGGGGGCAGACGCGCCUGAAAGGAGCGAAGGCGUCCCUGCACUUCACGCCCGCACGCUCUGCCAGCCACAAAGAGCAAGUUGGGAAACCCAGGAAGAGUGUGGUGCACAUACAGCCAUCUUUCCAAAGACGACGGCCUGCUCGCCUCCUGGAAAUCGGAGCUCCCUUCUAUCAAGACAACCAGCUGCAAGUGAAGGUCUACUGGAAAAAGACUGAAGAUCUCAGCGUCGACCGAUACCACGUGCAGUGGCUCCCGGAGGUCUGUGCCCACAACCGCAGUGCUGGAGCAGAGACCUCUUCUGGCAUCACCCAGGAAAAUUAUAUCAUUCUUCAGGAUCUGUCGUUUUCCUGCAAAUAUAAGGUGACUGUGCAGCCGAUUCGGCCCAAGGGCCGCUUGAAGGCAGAAACCGUUUUCUUCACGACUCCGCCGUGCUCUGCCCUGAAGGGGAAAAGCCACCGGCACAUGAGCUGUCCCGGCGAAGCAGGUCACGUGCCUGCCAAGGUGCUCGCCAAGCCCGAGAACCUUUCUGCCUCGUUUGUCGUCCAAGAUGUUAACAUCACGGGCCACUUUUCUUGGAAGAUGGCCAAGGCCAAUCUCUAUCAGCCCAUGACUGGCUUUCAGGUGACCUGGGCCGAGGUCACGACGGAGAGCAGACAGAACAGCUUGCCCAACAGCAUCAUCUCACAGUCGCAGAUACUGCCUUCCGAUCAUUACGUCCUAACAGUGCCCAAUCUGAGGCCAUCUACGCUGUACCGACUGGAAGUGCAGGUGCUGACCGCGGGAGGGGAAGGGCCGGCCACCAUCAAAACUUUCCGGACGCCCGACCUCACGCUGCCCUCGGUGCACAGACCCCACCUCAAACAUCGGCAUCCUCAUCAUUACAAGGCUUCCCCAGAAAGAUACUAGACGGCUCCAAACGACCUCUAAGAAGUGAAGGAAUGUACCGGCGUGCUGAGCUGCCGGGCCAGCACGUGUGGCUCUACAGGCAAGCGCCCCACACAACUCCCUCCCCCCGUAACUCUGCGUCCGAGGAACCUCUGCUGAUCUCGGGCACCUCUGGAAACUAGCGACACACAGCCAGUGGGGACGGACCCAGCUUCCUGCGGGGACGGAGGAAAGGAAGGUGAGGCCCGUGACACUGGAGGCUAAAAUAUCCACAUACGAAUCCCCAUUGAAUGACUGCAGAAGUGAGAUCUCCCUGCAUUUGGAGGAGCACAUUCUCCCUGCAUUUGGAGGAGCACAUUCUCAACACAGUCCACACAUGCACACGAAGCAUAACGCUAAACCAACAACACGUUUUUAGAUUCAACGAUGGCUUUGAUUUGCAGAGUCAACUGAGAUGAUGCAGUUUUUAGGCCCUAUUUUUUCCCAUCUUUCCUAAGAUGAUUUAUACCACGUGUAAUUUUUAACUGGCAAAGGUUAACCUCAAAUACAGCAAUUAAUUUAAAUCUCCGCAUGUCCCUAAGCUACGUUGACACAAAGGCGAAUGAGCGUUUCGUCUGUGAACUGCGGUUUUCAAAAGACAUCCAGAACAGGAAAGAUCCAGCCAAUCCCGCUGCUAUCCAGAGUCUGCCUUGGAGAAAUGAAACUUCUUUCCUGGGGAUACUUUUUAACGUUUCAUCCUGCAAAAUGAGACAUUUUCCUGACAUGUUUUCUUACUUCCCUUGUCCUUGUUUUCUUAAUGCAGAAAAGAGCUGCUGAUAGGCUUUGUUUUACCACUUCACGAACCUAAAAAUUUACAAAACCUCUUGCUUAAAAUGAAAGAAUCCCAACUACUGGGUAUCUUCCAGUCCUUACUAAGUUUUGCCUUUUCUUAAUCAAAGUAAGCUACUUGUAUGCUAGAAUAUUCCCUAUUCUCGGUAAUGUAGGAAACACGAGGCCAUGAUUGACAGAGGACGGCUAUUUAGUCUUUCAAAUGCAUUCUAUCGUACUGUUUGUCUCCAAACUACCCCUUCGUAGCAUGGACUCGGGUCAAGACAUAUCAACCAUAUGUGAUGUCGCAGUGCACCUUGGGGCACCCUUACACCCAGAAGCGUUUAGUCGGAUAAAGUUUGCUCUUGAGGGAAUAUCCAUGUUUAUGGUUUGAAAUGCACAGGUAUGUUUUUGUGUCUGUGUACUUGUUUGUGUGUGUGACACACACACAUCACAGACCUUGAGACUCACCGAAGAAAUGGUUUUCACAGCUACCGAAGGUGGAUAAAGACACAGUGCUUCUAGAGAAAAGGAUUAUAUAUUUUCCCCACCAGUGUCUCUUCUAUGAGGAAAGAGCAAUGUGUCAGAAGUUAAACAUUUAAAAGGAAAGCCUUCCUCAUCCCACUAUGUACCUACGUAAACUGGGGAAGGUUUCAGUACCGUCUUCUUGGGUUUUGAUGGUGGGACUGGGUACUUACUGUGGUCUGGUUUCCUGAGAGCGUGCGGACGCCCUGAACGCUCCUGGAGGAGAGAACUCAGGACUCCUUCACUUCUUGUGGCUUGUCCACAGUGUCAGGAAGCAAAUGCACUACAAAACAGAGACAGACUGUUUUUCCUAUCCUGUCGAUGCACAUCUUUAGGAAACACGGUCCAUACGCAUGGAUAUGUGGUGACAGAUACUGAAAACUGGUUCCUGUGUGGUAACGACUUUUAAAAGUCGAUGACACAGGCAAUAUUUUGCAGCUUAGCACAAGUGACGCUCCUGGGGAAUCUCAGCAGGAAGCGCGUGUUGCUACCUAAGUGUUUUCUGCAGCUCCCAACAGGGUCUGCGACACUCUUAGCACAACGUGGUGUGAGGUCACCUGGUUCCCAGAGUUUCGCAUUUGGAACGCACAGCACAGAAGACACCCCUCCUUUCAAACAGCCCCGAGCUUGACCCAACACCACAGUAUCUUCCAGGAAGCUCUGACUCAUGCCAGUGCCCUUAGCAGCAGCUGAAUUUCAAAUUGUCAAAUUUCCACAAAUGAAGAUGUCUAACAUUGGCUACAAGUUUGUCUGUUACUUUGUCACGAACAAAUCCAAUAUUUGCGCCAGCAAAUUUUUGUACGGUUGUAUAGUUCAAAAUGGAGGCGUGUAUACAUACAUACAAAAUAUUAAAUUAUUAUAUAAGUUUAAUUUUAUGAAGUUUAAUUAUGUUUCUUUUAUCUGGGUAAGAGACGAUGAGCAAAUCUAUGUUUAGUUUGGAUGAACGUUCUGAAGCUUACAGCUCCCUUAGGAAAUCGAAAGCAGCUCCUAGGAGCAUCUAAUUCUGCAGUAACAUUCGUAACUUAAAUAUUAUUCACAUUUUUGGAAGAAAAAUGCUAUUGAUUGGGUAAUUAAGGAAACAGGAGUUUCUUCUAUGAAUUUCAAUCAUAUGCAAAUCAGCCAAAAUAUACAAUUUUUUUAAUUUUAAAAAUUUGAGUGCCCUAAUAAAGGGAUAUAACCUAUGGGUUGUCUUUUUUUUUUUUUUUCUCUAAACACAGUCUACAUGGCUAAGUGUCGAAUACAUCUAAUUGAAAUUAAAUGCAUCUCUCUUCUAUGAGGACACAUAUAUUCAGUGACAGUAUUCACUCUUCAAAAUGCCCACCAAAAACAGCAAGUCCUCAAGUCCCGGCUUGUAGCUUCACGGCAGCGGCCGGUGAAGUUACCUGUUCUGCCCUCUUUUUCUAACCGCAGCCCUGUGGGGCGACAUUUAUAAGUGAGCGUGUGCCCUUUUAAGCCAUUUGUUGUUUUAAUAUGACAUAGUAGAGACACUAACAUUGAUGGCAGGGAGUUUUUUGAAAUGAUUAUGACACAAGCCCAAGUUUAAAGACACGUCUGUUUCCUGGGAACCUGAAAGAGCCUGUCACUAACUCUACAAAGCAGGCUUUCUGCAGCUCAGCAGAUGGGGCGCUGGGGCCGGUUAUGCUCUGGGGUGUAGCACAGCAUCCCUGGCUCCUUACCCGCCAGAUGUCCCCAACUGGGGACAGCCAGUGAUUCUUUGCCUGGCAUAAGGAACUGAGUAAAUUACAGGAGUAAGCCCCGGGAAGUUACAACAUUCGACUUCAGAGCCCCCGUGUUGUGUCUUAUGUGCUCUGAAACCCGUGAUGGCGACGCUGAAUUUUGACUCGUGUCUGUAUCGUGCAACUACACACAGUAAUUCUGUCCUUCCUACUAGUCAGCGUCACUUGUGAUAAUGACUUAUUUAUUUACUGCCCUUUCUUACACUUUGUGCCAUGGGUUUAGUAAACUAAGUUUGCUCAUUCCCAUGAUUCCAACUAUCUCUGAAUCUUUUUAUACAAACCUUCACGUUGUAACCAGAACAGGAAGGCUAACUGUUGCAUGUACUUAUAACUCACUGAAAAUAAUAAAUGCAUAACGAUGGUGACUCUUACCUAUGAUUGUGCAUGGCCAGACUCCGUUUCUUACCUCUACUGAGUAUUUUAGCAAGUUCUACCAUUGACAGAGUGAUUAACAGAGGUCUGUAUGUAAAGUUACUAUUUCUUUACUUAAUUAUACUGUAGUGUGCAGAUAACAGAAGAGCUACCUUCUCAUCCAAAUGGCCAACAGAGAUCACGCCUCUUAGACUGGUCAUUUCACGUCAAUAUUUAUUUAUGUCUGUAAUAAGAAAAAAGUGAUUUUUGUGUGUGUCUGUCAUGUUA